AUGGAGUGGCGCGAUCCCUUCGCAGCCUUCCUCGAGAUCCGGACACCUUCGAAUGCCGCCAUUCGGCCCGGCAGCCGUAGCAGUCGGAACAGCUUUGCGUCUCUGGAACGGCUGGAGGGAUUGAGAAGCCUCUGUGCCUCCCCUCUGGCGCCGGUGAAGGACUUCCCAUCACUGGAGGGCAAGGGGGAGGAUGUUCCGUUUGAGGUCGACCGCCUGGACGGCACGACUGUGCAAUUCGAAGAGAAUCCGUUUGCCUCCUACCUGAGGCUGCGGCCUGAGGCUCAGAAGAUUGUGAUCGCAGAGCCACCCAUGGAGAAUCAUCUCCGCGCGGAAGUGCUCAAGACGAAGAAGCAGCUUCUGGAGGUUGCACUCAAGAUGGAGAUGAUCGCCAUGGAUCCCGAAACGGACGAGGAGACCUCGCUGCGGAUGCGGAAGCUUCGCAAGGCCCAAAGGUAUUUCAACCAUCCUGAGCGAUCGGUGGAGGCCUUGAGCGGGGACGAGGACGAGGACAUGACUGUGCAGAACAAGUUGGCAUACCAGAGCAACGCAGAUGCCAGGAAUGCCAAGCGGAUGCAAAGUGACGGCACCGGCACGCGCGGCCCCAGCCGGCGAUGGAGCAUCGGCAUGGUGCGCAGGCAGCCGCCCCCAGCCACGGCUAUGUCCGCAACGCCGCCCUCGCUCUCCCGCCCCAGCACGGUCUACAAGGAUGAGACGAAGAUCCCCAGCCCAAAGUUCGGCAAGGAUACCAAACUGACGAGCGCGUCGGCCCCGGACUUGGCGAAGCCCUGGAGCCAGCAAACCGAGCUCCCUCUAAUCACCGUCACCUCGCGCAGGCCACUGAACAGAACCUGGCAGGGUGACUUCGUUGUGGACGAGAAAAGCCACGUGCCUUUGACAUCCUGGUUCACUCAGCGGAGGAGUUGGAACAUUCAUAUCUCCCAUCGUGACCUACGUGCACAUCGGCGGGACGCGGAGCUGGCCGCAGGCGGUGUCGUCUACGGCAAUGGCUACAUACGCCUCUUCAGCGGCAGUCACCUGUUGUGCACCGGGUACUUCUACGCAUUCAAGAUCGACGCUGUGGACGAUGAGCAUUUCCCGCUAGAUUCGCUCCGCGACAUGUCCCUGGCCUUUGGCGUCUCGCACCUCCCGGGCGGGCACAAGCUCGGCAUACGCACCAUGUACGCCUACGAAAUCCCAGGAACCAUCCUAAUCGGCUACGGGAAGCAUGUCGUCGACAGCGGAGAAUGGUUCACCCAGACCGCCUGGGAUCCGAAGUCCUUGGUCGUGGGAGACGUGGUCGGGGUCCACAUCAACCCUUUGGGAGACCUGAUCGUGUGGGUCAACGGUGAGCAGGUCCUUCGGACUGUCACCAGCCUCACGGAGGGCAAUCGAAAUGACUUGAACCCGCGGCGGAAGGCGCUGGGCCCCCGUCGGACGCUGUUUCCAGUGAUCGAUCUUCACGGCAGGGUCUCCGCGGUGACACUCCUCCCCGAGAUGAGCAUGCCGAAUGUGAAUUUGAAGGCACGAAAUAAGAUCAGAGAGAAGGACCUGAACCCACUUGGCUUUAGGGGGAAGAAGGCCGUUCCAGUGCCGGGACGGAGCCUGCCUGGCUUGGGCAAGGCUGUGGAAGUUGAGCCUGAGACGCUUCCGGGCUUCCACGAGCUCUGA